GCGAGCGUUAAUGAUGCACUUUUAAGAUAAUUGCUUUUCGAGGUAAUUGGCGGAGUCACCGGAUUUUGUAAAUUGGCGUCCCCAAGAAACGAGUGACUUUUGAAACUAAACUUCCUUCUCAGACCUAAGUGCUUGGGGUUUGAGCAAAUAAAACUAGACUGUUUGUUUCCCUGAACAAUAGUCCGCCGCCUCUGAGACUCUCGCGGACUUUGACCUGAACGGAUUGUUUUUCUACCUGUGCAGUGUCUCAAUCAGGGUCGAUUAACUCCAAAAUACUGUGGCCAGUUAAUGCUCCCGGACACUUUUUUUCUCUGACCAAACGUGGCGAGUAACUAACCCGUUGAAGUGGGCACUUGGUGGUUUGGGCCGUGUACUCUAUAAACGUUUCAUUAACCGACCCACGGAAUGCACACUCUGGGGAGCAUUCGUUGACUGGCGCCAUCCACCGACUUGUAAAUCUCGACGGUUAUAUCUGAAGAAUUGUCUUGCCUGACUAAAGCCGGAAGAUGAACUGGGGACAACUGCACCUUAUCCUAGGAGGCGUCAACAGAUACUCCACCAGCAUCGGCAAAAUAUGGCUCACGGUGAUCUUCGUCUUCAGAAUCAUGAUUCUAGUAGUGGCGGCGGAGAGCGUUUGGGGUGACGAGCAGUCGGACUUCAUCUGCAACACUCUGCAGCCUGGCUGCAAGAACGUUUGCUACGAUCAGUUCUUCCCAAUGUCUCACAUCAGGCUGUGGUGCCUCCAGCUCAUAUUCAUCUCCACCCCUGCCCUUCUGGUCUCCCUGCACGUUGCGUACAAGCAGCACGGAGAGAAGAGGUCCUUGGAGAAACGGCAGGGUUUCUUGAAAAGGGAAGAAGUCGAUGCCUUGAGGAAACGGAAGAUGCGGAUCGUCGGUGCCUUUUGGUGGACCUAUGUUACUAGCAUCUUCUUCAGAAUCCUCUUUGAAACUGUGUUCACUUACAUGUUGUAUUUUCUGUACGGUGGGUUUCGGAUGGCCCGCCUGGUUAAGUGCAACUCCUGGCCCUGUCCCAACACCGUUGACUGUUUUAUCUCCAGACCAACGGAGAAAACGGUGUUCACCAUAUUCAUGAUCGUAGUUUCCGGCGUCUGCGUGCUUUUAAAUGUAGCCGAAUUGUUUUAUUUGAUGGUGAAGGCUUGCACAAGGCAGGCGUGUUGUGUGCGGCAACACCCCCGCCACCUGUCUAGGAGGCAGGAGAACCAACAGAACGAGAUGAACGAACUGCUGUCCAUUAAUGCCGAGCGCCAGCAAGCAGCGUUGGGGCUUAGCAAAUCUUCCUCAGGGACUCAUUGCACCGAUUAAACCUGCCCCGGCACUGAGUGACUAAUUUACAGCGAAGCACCUAGGGUUAAUGUUCCACUUGCAAGAGUUCGAUACCGCCUUGGUUUUAAUUUCCAGCUGACACAACAGCUUUUAGUGCCUGGAAGGUGCUCUAAGCGCACAACUUGUAUUAACUUGAGCACGUUUAACAAGUUGUAUUCGCGAUGCCUUGCAAUUUCCGCCCAAUUCCAGUAUUAACGUGCACAGUCGGUGAUGGGCAGGAGCUGGCAAUCUUACUACGGAUUUUUCCUCGCCCCUAGAACUUAAUCUGUGACUGAUAAUGGAUUAACUGUAACCAAUAUCUCCAAGAAGCACGCUAAGUAGGUUAUGUUGCCGUUUUGUAGUGUUCAAUGCCGCAUCAAGUUUCACGUUAACUGCGCCCGUCAGUCAUUGAAACGCUGCGAUCAGGUCCUCGGCCACCAGGGGGGGCGCGCUCCUAGGAAUUUGCGAAUCUAGAUUUUGAACAAUAAAAUUCUUCACGUCUACGUACUCUGCACUCUUUUGUUGCCGAGCUUGGUGGGAAUUUGUUUUCAAAUACAAAUCAGAUCUCUAAUAACUGAAGUGGGUUGCAAAAAGGAGCAAUAUUGGCUGAGGGUUAAACGUCAAGCAGGCUGUUCAAUAACAUGGGCUUAAACCAAGGACGUGCAGGGAAAUUUAGAUACCGGAAUGUCCUCGGUUUGACUUUCAAGUGCAGU